AAAGCCUCACCGUGUCCUUGUUCUAUCAGCCGCGCACCGUGACUGCUUGACUGUGCUGACAGAGAAUCUGAGGCUUGUGUAUUGCCGUGCUCUGAACGUCUGAUCGCUUCUCUGUUAUAAAAAUGAUGGCAGCAAGAUUUCUCCUCCGUCGUGCGGUCCCCGCGCUCAGACACGCGCGUUGUUAUGCCGACGCGCCCGCCGGUCAGAUGUCCUUCACUUUCGCAUCUCCGACACAGGUGUUCUUCAAGGAGGUCAGCGUUAAACAGAUUGAUGUCCCAACAUUGACAGGUGCCUUUGGUAUUCUCCCAGCCCAUGUUCCCACACUGCAGGUGCUCCGGCCUGGCGUGGUCACUGUCUUCAAUGAUGACGGCUCUUUUGCAAAGUAUUUCGUGAGCAGUGGAUCAGUCACGGUCAAUGCCGACUCUUCAGUACAGCUGCUGGCUGAGGAGGCCUUUCCUUUGGACACCCUGGACCUUGCAGCGGCGAAAGCUAACCUGGAGAAAGCCCAGUCAGAACUAUCCGGAGCUUCAGAUGAGGCAGCCAAGGUAGAGGUUCUUAUCAGCAUAGAGACCAACGAGGCAAUCGUCAAGGCAUUGGAGUAAACAACUUCAUGUAUAGGUAGGAAAUUCUGUUGAUGUGCAAAGGUUUCCAGCUUCGUCAGUUCCCCACCCCAGUGAAGUCAUAAACUGCAAGACAUACCUGCUUGCUUUGUACAGUGGAUGAAAUUAACAAUAAAUUUAUUUGGAAGUACCA